GCGGCCCUUCCGGGGGCGAGGCCCGCCCGCCGCCGCGGCUGCCCAUGGAGGCCGAGGCCGAGGCGCGGCUCCUCUUGCAGGAGGCUCAAGAGAGCAUCGAGGCGGCGCGGAGCUACCGGCGGGGGCUGGAGCCGCGGCUGCGGGGGCUGCAGCAGGCGCGGGAGCAGAUCAGAGAAAGCGCAACGUUGACCAGAGAUGUGCUUGAGCAACAUUUUAAUGAUUUGAAAGGGACCCUGAAGAAGCUGUUGGAUGAGCGGCUGAUGUCCCUGCUGCAGGAAGUGGAUGCCAUAGAACAAGAGAGCAUCAAACCCUUGGAUGAAUGCCAGAAGCUGAUAGAGCACGGAGUCAGUACGGCUGAUGAUCUGCUCCGGGACGGGGAGAGUGCAGUCAAUGGAGAUGUGGGACAACAGAACGAGAAACUGUGCAGCUUUACAAAAAAAGCUCUGCACAUUCAGCUCGAUAGCUUACCAGAAGUGCCCUCCUUGGUUGAUGUGCCUUGUUUGUCUGCCCAGUUGGAUGACUGCCUUCUUACUAUAUUGAAAAAUCAAAUAUUCAGACACGGAACUGUGGCGUCUCGCCCACCUGUACAGCUAGAGGAGUUCGUUGAGAAGCCUGGAGGUAUUUUAGUCCGAUGGUGUAAGGUGGAUGAUGACUUCAUACCACAAGAUUACAGACUGCAGUAUCGUAAGAGUACUGCCAGUCACUUUGAAGAUGUGUAUGUGGGCUCGGAGACAGAGUUCAUAGUGCUGCACAUUGAUCCCAACGUUGAUUACCAGUUCAGAGUCUGUGCCCGAGGGGAUGGACGGCAGGAGUGGAGUCCGUGGAGCGUUCCUCAGUGCGGCCGCACCACGCUGGUUCCACAUGAAUGGACGACAGGUUUGGAGGGUUACAGCUUGAGCAGUCGAAGAAACAUAGCACUUCGAAAUGAUUCUCAGUCAUGUGGUGUGCUCUACUCCAAAGCUCCUACUUAUUUCUGUGGGCAAACAUUAACAUUCAGGAUUGAGACAGUGGGCCAGCCAGACAGGAGGGACAGCCUCGGCGUGUGCGUGGAGCAGCAGAACGGCUACGACUCCCUGCAGCGGGAUAAAGCUGUGUGCAUCAGCACAAACGGGGCAGUAUUUGUAAAUGGAAAAGAGAUGACAAACCAGCUGCCUGCUGUAACUUCUGGCUCGACUGUGACGUUUGACAUGGAAGUUGUGCAUUUAGGGCCUUCCAGCAACGAGGGAGGAAACUUCAAGCUUAGAGUCACCAUUAGCUCUAACAACAGAGAAGUGGUCUUUGACUGGGUACUCGAUCAGUGCUGUGGCUCUUUGUAUUUUGGAUGUUCGUUUUCAUACCCAGGCUGGAAAGUCUUGGUGUUUUAGCAGUGAGUGAAGGGACUUUUGUUCUUGCUAUAAAGUGUAAUGUCAAACCUGGUUUUCCAGCUGUUUGACAUCAACAAUCUGUUAACAAAAACCUGUCUUUAUACUACUUGAACUCCACUAUAUUGUACUUCCUACUGGAUUCAUUUCAAAACAUAAUUGUGAAACAUUGGAUUUGUUACUCUGGAAAAAGUUAGAAACAGGCACUUGCGUAGGCAAAUUAACUUAAGCAGUCCGUAAGACCUUUCCCUUUUUUCCUUCAGACUUGAUUUUUGUCAGUAUUUCAUUGUACUCUAGUCUCAGGGUACGUGUGUUGUGUAGAAUUAACUUUGCUUAAUGCUGCUGUUCUGUGAAAUAAGCCUGAAAACAUUUAGUGGGGGUAGAGGAAUGGUAAUGGACCAAAGUUUUAUUUAUACCACUCAAAAUGAGCAAAGUAUUUAGAGCAGUGAUGUCCUGCUAUGCUUCCUUGUACACAAUGCUGCCUUAAUAGUAUGAAUGGAGAGUGGGGUCUGCACGCAACGGCCAUUUCUUCCACGCACGGUACUGUUCAUUCCUCCAGAGCAAGGAUGUCUGAGCCAGAACGUCUGUUUGAGUGUGUAGCCAGUCUGUUAACGUCUCACCUAAGUGCCUUAUUUCCAGAUAGUUUCCUGUGUUGUCACCAGGAAUAUAUUUCCUAGAGUAGUCGCGUGGUGAUGUGUCCAUCAGCUUCAUGUGGAUGCUCGUCUCAGACCAGAGCAAGCCCCAGUGACCCUGAUCUGCUCCAGAUGUCCUCCCCAGUUACAGCUUACCCUGUUCCCAAUGUCAGAGCAAGUCCUGGUCCUGUUGUGCUUAGGGCUGAGGUGCAGAGGCCCCUCUAAGGCCAAGACAACCUUCUUUCUGUUCUCCAGCAGAGAGAAGGGAAGGGCUGUUCUGAUGGGUGGGAUUAUUGGAAAUCGAGGCCACCCAGGCAAGCGGGGACCACUGCUGGGGACCCACCUUGAGAGACACCAGCGGUGGCCAGAGCCCCUGUGAUAGUCAAAAUGGAGCAGAUGGUGGUAAUUGAUUAUGAAUCAAUUGACUUUGAAUUAAAAAGUUACUAUUUCCCCUAAGGAGCAACUAAAAUUCAGAAUGAGCUUAUCAAACAGAGCCUAUUCCUGGCUAAAAGAUUGCAGUACUACUGAAUUUAAAGAAUAUUUUGAAGUAAUGCUCACUGAGGGCCUUAGAAGGGACCUUCUUACCUCAAGUUCAAUUAAAAUUAAAUAUAUUUUAGCAUAUUAGAAUAAUCAAUAUUUUUAUAAGACCUAGACAAUCAUUCUUCCCUUUUUGCUUCAGUGUCAACAUGCUCCAUCAGCCCCCUGUGCUGGCAUGAAAAGUGUAAUUUACAUUAGAUUAAUAUCCCCCAUACUCAUGUUUCCAGAACAAAAAAGAUUAGUCAUCCUCUGUACAAUUUUUCCCCAAGCAUCUGGAGGAGGAGGAGAAUGGUGGGUGAUAUUUACACCAUUUACAAGAAAAUAAAAAAGCGAGUAGAGUCAGAUGAAGAAGAACUGCAGAGGGUAGAGCUGGGUUGGGAUUUACUGUGAGACAUGAAGCAAGGAAGACAGGACACCUGUGGGUAAGGUUAUCCAGUGUUAGCAACAAAAAGUCUGUGGGAUUCUCAGUUUUUCAAGCUCAGCUAUUUCACUGUAAGAGAAUACGAGCUUAUCCUGUUCUUUCAGUGUUCCUUUGAAUGCUUCUGUGAAAAGUAUUUUCAAUACUUCUUAAAUAUGGUUCUUUUCAUUUAGGCAAGAAAGCUCAGGAGAUGAUGGAGCAGCCCCAGCCCUGCUCAGAGAGGGCGAGGCUGCCUCUUGCUCCACGUCGUAGUGCUGGUAAUUUUACACACUUCAGGUGUGAGGUACUACUUGUAACUUAGUACUUUUACCAUAUGGAAACUAAAAUUGUGAAUAUCGACACUUGUGAGGUACCGAUGGGUCAGGUACCUUCUCAUCUGCUUUUGGAGGGGACUUGUCAGACUAUUGAAUCUGCAGGACAUUUGCUUACCUGUUAGGAAAUAAAGCUUAAGCCUUGAAUCCAGGUACUUCCAGAGAUGGUGAUGCCCCAUGGGUUUGUCCCAAAUACUCACACCGAGCAGCUUGGGGUGAGUGUGAAGGGCUGCGGAGGCCCCUGCUGCUCCGCUCCCCUGGAGAGCUGAGGGUGGCAGAAACAGGUUUUGUUCUGACUUCAGUCUGUAGCUGUGCAUUGAACAAGGGCAGCUUGCCAAUGGUGGGUUGGUUUUUUGGUCUUUUAUUGUGUUGGUUUGGUGUUUUGGUAUUUUUUUUUAAGCUUAGCAUAAGCCCAGCUGUGCAGAUGGCAGGUUAGGUACUGUUCAGCCGCCUCGAGAGCUGCACUUUUUAAACCUGGGAGGGUGAAGAGGCUCAGGUCUCUUGCCCCGAGUAAUUAAGUAACAGAGUAUGCAAAGGAUCAGAAGGGGCUUGAAUUAAAAAGGUUGAAAUUCUGUUCUUCCACAGCAGAGUUCAGCUUGACAGAAAACUUGACACUUCCUUUACAAUUUCUCACCUCUCAGUAUUGGAGCUUUGUGAGCAAAUUACCUGCUUUUGAAAUCCAAUCCUGAAAGUUAUUUUCUUAAGCUAGUACAUCCACUUACCUCAACUAAGACUUGUGUGUCAAGUGAAAUCUGAAUUUUUUUUUUAAAUAAAGUUUUAUCCCUCAACUGUG